AAAAUAAGAUUUUUUCUAUUCUAAGUAAAUUGACAUAGCCAUGUGUAUAAAAAUGUUAUAGAUUUUGAAUAAAAUUAUUGCCACAAAAAAUUUUGAGUGCUCAUACGAGGUGAAAACAUGUUUAAAAUCGAAUCCUAUAUAACUCCUCUUAUUCUGAACUAUUUGACGAAAUAUGUCAAAAAUAUACGACCACAAGAUUUUCAAGUUUCCUUGUGGGAGGGUGAAGUAACAUUCCAUAAUUUGGAUUUACGUUUAGAUGUGUUGCAACAGGAAUUAGAUUUGCCCUUUCAAUUCUUAUCGGGUCACAUACACGAAUUAGUCAUAUCGGUGCCAUGGACUAAGAUUACCUCAGAACCCAUACGCAUAUCGAUCAAUACUAUUGAAUUUGUCUUGAAAUCAAAUCGUGAAGAUACUAGUGGCACUAAAUCGCCCACGGGCAGCAGUUCACCACAACAUCAGUCAUCGGUUGAGGGCACUAGUGCCAGCAAUAAAAAUAAUGAACGUGAGGAUACUUCGUCGAUUGGUUCUAGUUUGGCCACGAAAAUUCUCAAUAACAUUAAUGUCCAAUGCCAGAAUAUUAUUUUGAAAUAUAUUGAGGAGGACAUUGUGGUGUCCAUGAAUGUUCAGCAUCUCAGCUAUGGUCCGGCCAACGAACAGUGGCAUCUGGCCAUUGUCGAUGUGAAUCCCAAUAAGGUGUUGAUGAGAAAAUUGAUAAAUAUCUCCGAUUUGACAAUAUGUUUGGAUAAACGCAAUGAUGCAGGACAAAUUGAUGUGUGUCAAGAGCCGGUUAUGUAUCGAUGCACCUUAGAAUGUCGCGUUUUACGCAAAUACAAUUGCCAAACAAUGGCCAACAGCAGUACAACGCGUAUUGGUGUGUUUACACAAAAUCUCGAUUUAAACCUUUCCACCAUGCAAAUACCUUUGCUAAUGCGUCUCAUAAAAUUCAUCACCCAAAUGGUGCCGGAAAAAACAAAUGCCUCCGAUUCAACGUCCACAACUCCAGACGAUUUUAGUGCUUCGGAUAUGGCCACUAGUAGGGCAAAUAGUGGCGGUACGUAUUUAUCAUGGGCAUGGAAUCUAUUGCCAAGUUUCAGUCUUGAUGAUGAGGAAAAAGAUGACUGCAAUACAGACGAUCCUGUAGGACACACUAAGGAUAUAGGCAUUUAUGUGGAGGAAUUAAAUUUGACCCUGAAGAAUUCGGAAUUUAUAAACGAUGCUAUAAUGGGUGGUAUAAAGCGUAUACGUUAUAUGCCGAUUGUACGAUUUACUAUUGGUGGUUUGUAUUGGGAGCGAGUAAUGUCAAAAGAGUUGGAGUGGUCAAAUACCAAGAUGGGUAUAUCCAGUAUUUAUGUAGAACCUUUGGGCAGUUAUCGCACUGAUGAUCAAACAAAUAGUUAUGCUAUAAUAGAUACACCUCCGUUCACCAACAUUCGUUCCUUCAUUGAUAAAUCCUUGUUUGAUGAUCAAUGCAUGAUUGCAGACAAGGGCUGGGGUGUUACCAAUUACGAUGAUUACGUGACACGCAUCACAGAUGACUACUUGCUCUACAGGAGUCCCAUAUUCGCCUUCGAUGUUAUAACCUAUCGCUCAAGUCAUGUAGACAGCCAGGAGAGUGGUGGCACUGCCACAACCACCCUCACAAAUACCGCAAAUGAGGGAAAACUAACGGAUUUACAUAGACAAUAUCGUAUACUAUCGGCUGGCAUAACAUUUCGUUACAAUCAAACAUUUCUGCAGGUUAAAAAUGUAAUUAAAACUAUAAUAGACUCAUACGAUUCAACAGCAUAUUCAUCAAAUGUAGAGAAAACGGAAACCAACACUGCAGGUGCUACAAACACCCAAAAAAUCCUAAUAGCACAGGAUCAUAGCACUAACACGGUUAGCGGAGAAGUGGGAGAAUCAGAUGAAACCAGGGCUCAUGUAUUGGCAAGAUCAGGUGGUGUGCAUUUAGCAGAAGGAUCACCCAAGCUACAUCCUCCCUUAGUAGAAGACUAUGAUGCUUUGAUGCAAGGUAUACCAUUGUGUAAAUAUAAAGUUGAACUAAAACGUAUGCGUAUAGAAGUUUAUGCUAAAACAGAACCAGAGCCCUCCUUACGCAUACAUAGGAAACUGCCAAAUGCUGUAAAGAAUUGCUUGCCCUAUAUGUUAUUAUAUUUUGAUAAAGUCGAAGGCACUCUAUCGACUCCCAUAAAUCCCGAUAAAUUAGUUCACACAACUUGCCAAUUGCCUGAUAAACCUCAAGAGUUAUUAAAUGCCUGUUAUGAUAAUUAUGAAUUAUACAUAAAGGACUUUUCCAUGGGUCUAAUAUCACCCUCUACCGAUAAUCUCAUAAAAUUGCUGACUAUACCCAAAUUACAGCUGGCCUAUGGUACUUUAUUACAACCAUACUACUGGAAAAACGAUGAAGUUCCUAUAAAAAAAUUGGAUUUACAAUGUGAUGUUAUUAAAUUACAAUUCACCAAAAGAGAAUUAAUAGCUGGACUACAAUUAUUCAAGGCCUCCUUAAACUAUGAACCACAUAGUGUUAUUAAAAUGGUAGAGGUAUUAAAUCAUUUUCUAGUUACAGCUGACACACUGUCCUUGAAUUCCGUGUUAUCUAAGCUAAUGGUGAAGCAACGUUAUUAUCAUAGCUUUGGCAUAUGGAAUGUAACUUUAUCAGCUCUACACUCGGAUGUGGUAAUUGGCAGAAAUACUUCACAAAUACGCCGCUAUAAUGUCCUAAAUACACAAGCCAAAAUGCAUAACAAUCAAAAUAAAUGGUUUGAACUACAACUGCAAUAUCCCAAUCUGUCCAGUGAUGAACAGCCUGCAAGUCAAUCGAAAUCUAUAAAAAAAACUAAUAAUGAACAUAUAGAAAUGGCCAUUGGUGUGUGGCUGGACAAGUUCAAUUUGAAUGCCGACAAAAAUCUAUUGGAUUUUCUAUCAUUUGUUACCCAGCAGGAAAGUAAAUUAGCAACAGAUUAUUCCGCAGAAAUAGAAAUACAAACACAAAACUUACAAAACCCUCCAGUACCGGCCAGUCUAAUUGCCAGUUCCGCCCCUUCCACCUCCAUAAUUUAUCAAGCCAACAAUGCAAUGCCACAAAUUUUUGCACGCAAAUCAUCACGCAACUCUAGUUCGUUAAGAAAAAUAUCGCAACCCGAAGAAACCAUACAUUUUAGUUCCGAAAAGGAUGAACGCCUCGAACUGACCGUUACAGAUCCCAUUGUAAUCGAUAUACCCGAUGAAAUACCGCCCGAAAGUGAUGAAGAGAAAAUCAAAAAGUAUUUUAAACUAUUCAACACCAUAAUAAUCUAUAUUGAUAUAGCACAAAGUCAAUUGGAUGUAACAAAUAAAAGUCUAACAAAUGAAAGCGAAAAUGUUUUCAAAAAACUCUAUACCCGUCUCAAAUUACCCAAGAUUUUGCUGAAAUCCACCUUUGCUGAGUAUAUCACACGUUCCAGUCUGCGCCUGAAAGUUAAUCCGCCCCUUACAGCCAAAACUACUUUCAACUGGACCAUACAAUUUCAAGAUAUGGACAUAAAUACCCUGGAAGACAACAACAUAAUAAUGCCUGUGCUUAAACCAUGGCAGACCACUUUAACUGUGGCCACCACUAAACGCAAACAAGCCGUUACCAUUAAUACCGAUCUAGACUACACCUUUAAAUCUCAAUCCCGCACAAGUUCGCCCAAAUUAAAGCCGAAAAGUAAAAAUCUACCCGAACGUACUGCUAAACUUAUAGAAAACUCUUCAGUAUCAUCGAAUUCCUUAAAGGAAAUAUUUUCGGGUAGCGAACGUUCACCACCGCCUUCGCCUAAACCCAGUUUACGUUCAAAGCCCGCCAUGGAAAAUGCCGCAAAUAAUGAAAAGUUUGAGGAAAUUGUUUGUCUAAAUCUACAUUUAGACUCCUCUACCAUACAUUUGUUUGGCAAUAAUGUUAAAAUAUUGCAAUUACAUUUCGCUCACCUCAUGAGUAUAAUUGAAAUGAGUCAAAAGAUUUCCUGCACACCCACAUUGUCAAGUAGACGCAAAAGCAGUUGUAAAACAUCGAAGAUACCUUUACUGAUUUUAACCACCUCAGAAGAAAAUCAACAUAUUAAGGAGUUUAUGGAUUUGGAUAGCAAUUCGGAUGUAUCAGCACUACCAGCUAAUGAGAAAAAAUCCCUUCUCAACAAAAUAUCUCUCUUCUGUCAGUGGACCAUAGCCAAAGUUGUGGCCGAAGUUGAGAGUGCCCGUGAACAAACGCAGAAAAGUAAACUUGUUGUGGAAUUUGAAGAUUUUCUCUCGACCGUAGAUCAAGGACAAGAUUUUACUAAGUACACCAGUAAAAUUGGCAAUUUUAGUCUAAACUAUUAUCAGAAGUCCGAUAGAUAUGAUUGGUUACAACAGGAAUAUUUACGCAUGCGUAUGAUAGCCGAAUCGAAUGAACAUCCUUUCCUGAAUGUCAUACUAACCAAAGUCAGCUUGAAAGACUUCUAUAAACGUAUCGGUGUCAAACGGAAAGGAGAAGUAGGUCGUAAUAUCAGUGAGGUUUUAAUAGUAAUGCAAGCAAUGGAAAUUAUUGUGGACUUAGAUCGUGUACAAGAAUUUAUGGAACCCUUGUGUGUAAUACUCGAUAAAAAUCAACAAGAUUUAGAGACUAAAAAUGCUAAAGAAAAUAUAAUUAUUGCCUCUGAAUUGCCUCUAGUACACUUUGAAAGUAAAGGCAUUACAUGCUAUUUUCCCCUCGAUAAUCUUAAGAAACAAUGUACAGUAUUGAUAUGUAAAAUCGAUAGCAUAAAUGUAACACCCAAUCUACAAAAUCCACUGCAACGUAAACCUUUAAGACCGGAUGUUUAUGGUAAAGCGGCCAGCAUGGGUAUACUCAGUAUACCUGGCUCAAUUGUUGAGGAUCGUCAAUAUGAGAUGACUUUGAAGAAAUUGUCGGCAGCCUCGGGUAACUGGUUGGAAAUUUUGACACACAUGCGUAAUAAAGCACAAAAUGUUCACACUAAUCCGGCAGUGGAAUGGAAUAAUCCAGAACGUAAACAAUCUUUGAAAUUAAAUGAAAUUUUCAAGAAUUUCACUUUAAUAGCCACAUAUGCCCCCAAUAUAGUUUAUAAUAAUAUUUUAAUUUGUGGCCAGGCCAUUGAGUUUAAUUGUGCUACUGAUUUUAUGGCUAGCAUAAAUACGGAUCAAUUGAAUAUGUUUAGUUGUCAUUUGAGAAGAUUGGAAAAAAUAUCAGAAACUCUCAAUCAGGUUUGUAAGCUGAAACCUUCAACACCAGCAGCGGCCAGUUUAAAAUCUCUAUCAGAAAGUACACUUUUCUUUUCACCCGAAAGUUCCAACUCAACAACGGUUUUACGUACAAUUAAAUCCCUAAAUAGUUUAGCAAAAACGGCAAACUCCCAAACAGAAAUACGACGUUUCAGUCGUUUAGGUUCACAAACACAAUUUGAGUCGAUAGAUGAAGACUCGGAACCACCACCAGCCAAAACCGAUUCGGGUGUUCUAUCGCAAUCAUCAAAGCGUUCUAUAACCACAAAAGAUAUCUUGCAAUCAGCAAAAUCAAAUUCAACCAACGCUAUACUGGAAAAAUUGGCCGAAUAUCCACAAAAUAAUCAAACUCAACCCAGAUGUCUACCGAAAACAGUGUCUUUUGUGGCCGGUGUAUUUCUAUUUAAAAUAUUCGAUUCAAAUUGCAACGAAACAGAGACGCGUGUAUUAUUUGAGGCAAUGGAGAUGGAAAAACCCUUAAUGUCAUUUACCAUAUCCCAGCCCAGUUUUAUGAUUAACCAAAAUAUCUAUGAUUCUGUCAUUAGCUUUUCGAUUUUUAAUUUGAGUGUAUAUUUACCAACUAUGGACACGAUGCAAGCAAAAUUGGCCACAAAUUUAUUCCCGGAAAAUAUUGUUGAUACCAUGCCAGGUGAUAUGACCUCAACGGGCAUACCUCCCUCAUUAUUUACUUAUAAAUCUCAUCUAACCAAACUAAAAAUGUGUGAGAUUGAUAUAGAAUUGGCCAAGCCAUUGGUGGUCACAAUAAGCGAACGCAAUAUAGCUGAACUAUGUAAAAAUCUAAUGGUUAUUUAUAAUUCCUUGCAGGCCUACACUUGUGUUAGUAUGCCCUAUAAAGGACCAGUGUAUCGAAAAUCAAAAAUAAUGCUUAUGAAGAGUAAUACUCUAAAUGCAGAUCGUUUGAAUAUCAAAUGUAAUAAUAUUGCCCUCAAGCUCACCGAUCAUCAGGAGUACGAAUGUAAAUUGGUUUUCAGUGAUCUUAAGAUAAAUCUUAAAUACCUUACCAGACCAGAGAAAUGUUCGGCUAAAUACUCAUUGGGAGCUGUUUAUUUACGUACAAGUAAAAAGGUUUUCGUACAUCCCAUAUCUCUCAAAGGUUCCAUGGAUUUUGUUAGUGAACCCUGGCAUCGUUUGCCUCUCAUUAAUGCUAUUGUUAAAUUCAAUAUUAUACAAGUAGAUUUGGGUAUUUAUGUCAUUCUACAACUACGCCAAGCUGUAAAUGAUUUCAAUACAAUACUCAGUUAUGUGAGAGAAGAAUUGUUACGUUUCCAGCGUCUACAUUUGCAGGGUAAUGGUUCAAAUAAGGCUGUAAAUGUAAAACAGUUAAAGGCUUUAAAAUGUCCACGUGUAAGUUCGUUUAUACAAAAUAAUAAAAGUAUUAAAAGAGAGGAGUUCUAUCAAGAUGAUUUAAGAGCUGGAGCUUUUCAAUUUGUGGAGUUAAUGUCGGACAGCGUUUUGCCUUUACCCUAUCAAAUACAAAUAAUCAAAAAAGAUUACGGCAUAAUCUGUUGGCGUUAUCCUCAGCCUAGGAAAAUGUGUAAAAUUCAUAUUUAUCCAGUGCCCAUGGCAGUGGAAAAUCCCAUACACAUUAAAUGUCGCAUGGAAUACUUUAGCGAAGUCCAUGAAUGUUUUUUGCAUUACUGUGACUUGUGGCUUUCGGAGACCAAUUCCAAAGAUAUUAAACUACCAGAGCGAGAAAUCUGUGCCACCAUUUGGCGUGUUGUUAUUCUACAGUCCCUGGUAUCGGUAAAUGGUGAAUGUUUUGAUACCAGCGAAGAGGAUGAAGAACUGCAUUCUAUAGCCAGCAUGAAUAUAGACGAAGUUUUGGGCAAAGGCCGGCAAGAUGCUGAUUUUAUAUUACAUCCAAAAGUAUUAGUGGGUUGUAUGCGUGUCGAUACCACCUUCCAAUCGAAUUGUGUGCCAAAAGUUCAAUUACUACUUAGCUGUAAUUUGCUUAAAGUGAAACUGCUCAAUCAGCCAGAUGAAAGUGCAGAUUUACCGCCCCUACUAAAGAAAUUCCAUUUGGCCAAAACUACUCAUAUCUCCCAAGCGUUUUUGAUGUUUGUCGUGCAAAAUAUUAAAUUUCAUUCCACUUUUUAUGACCAGCAAAAGUUUAAUCUAAAUAUAGCGUUUAAUGCCAGUGUAAAAUGUUUGGAUUAUGGUUUUCUCAAUAUGAUGCCCUUGAUGGAGGAAACCACUGUGCAAUCCUAUAUGGAAAUAGACAAAAAGAAAAAUAUUAUAAAUGCCAAUUUUGUAUUAGACCGUUUACAAUUUAAUAUUGGUCCGGCCAUAAUACACACACUACUGUCUUCGAAAAAUCAUUGGUCCGAGUGUUUGGAUUUAGAUGAACGUCGCAUACGUCAUGCCUUAAUACCCAAAUGUAUAGUGGUGAAUCGCACCAUGACCUCUUUGGCCUUUGGUCAAACUGGUACUCAUGAACGCAUACAAUUGAAUCCCAAAGAAUGUUAUUUGUAUUCCUUUCGCAGUGAUUAUCACAGUCAGGAGUUGACAUUCUAUAUAACGGAUGAGGAAACAAAUACAGUGGAUACCUCAUUGUCGCUGCAUAUACCUUUUAAAUUCGAAAGCCAACACAUGGAGCAAUUCUUACGUAUUGGCAAUAAAGUUAUCACCGUCAAAUCACGCAAACUAUCGAAUUCUCAAAUAUUUGUUUUGAUUAAGGGUCAGAUAGAAUUGUUAUCGAUGGUUUCGCAUAAUUUACGCUUGGAAUUUCGCCAAGAAAUUAAAGCUGAUGAAGUCAGCCACAAAUCUUUGGAAUAUAUUAUUGAGAAACAGGGACGUAAUUCGUUUUAUCAUAGUGUGGAACAGAGUUCAAAUAUAACCAUGAGACUGAAGUUGGCAGAUAAUAAUAUAAGGGCUCGCACCGGCGAUAUACCAUUGAGAACAAAUAAAAAACUACCUUGGCUGGUUAAAGUACCCAUCAACAGUGAUGAAUUCAUUAGCUUUUGGAUAAGAGUGCUACGCGAAGAUAUACCCGAUUUAGCAACGGAAAACUUUUAUCCCCAAAAAAUACUCAUCACAAUAUGGCCCAUAUUUGAGAUAUCCUCCAUGUUAAGUUGUGCCACACAGGCCAAAGAAACUACGGGAAAAGAAGCGCAAAUACAUUUACCAGGUCAAGGUGCACGUCACAUACUAGAUGUACCAGCCACACAUCUUACCGAACAUCAAAUAGAGUUCAUGUACAGCUUUCCUUUGGGAACAGCCUCAUCAAAAAAUUAUACUCUAAAAUUAAAGUCCUUAGAUUGGCAGAAAUUCUUUUGGUAUGAUGAACAAAAGUGGAAUAUAGAAAACACUUUAAGUCUACUGGCUAAACCAGUGGCCCGAAAUUGGCCUUUAAACGAUGAAGAAGAGCUGAGAGUGAAACGAAUCUCUGAAUCAAAUCAUGGCAUCGAUGUAAUCUACAAUACAAGAGUUACCAGGGAAUUUGCCUGUACCCUUAAUUUGGAAGUGGCACCCUGGGGUAUGUUUAUAAAUGCCACCGGCAUACAAAUACGCAUAUGUGAGUUGGGUGUACAGCCCAAGGAGCUAAAAGUGGAUGCCAAUGGCUUGGAAAUGUUAUUCAAUAUCUCACAAGGAUUUAGCAUAGGCAUACGUAAUGGCUCCAAUUGGCUACAGUCGCUGCCAAUAUAUUUGGAAAAUGCCAUAGUAACACAAAGUAAACAUUUCUAUACCGUCAACGAGGGUGAAUACACCGACAUUGUCAUCUUGAGGGGCGAUGAAGUCAUUAAGUUUAUCUUAACUCUAACACUUGAAAACAAUCGUAAAAUGUUUAAAUUGUCAUCGAAAUUUGCAGUAGUUAAUCAUACCAAAAAUCGUUUAUGCAUUCUACCUUUCGCCAUGGAUCAUAAGGAGAGUAUACUACGAAAAGAUGUAGAACAUUUAGAUGCCUCUACCACCAAGACAGUAUUGAGAGCAACACCCUUCAAACAAAACAGCAUUGGUAUUUCCCUUAGCCAAUUCUACGAUAUAAAUGCUCAAAGUGCACAACGUUCUGUAGAUUCGGCUUUUAUAUAUUUUGUGGUCAUAAAACAUUGUGCAGAUACAGACAUUUCCAUACCCAUACCCUUAACUUUACCCUUCAAUCGCAAAUGUUUAAGCAUACAAAAUGGCGGAGAGUCUAUAGCUUUAAUGGUAUCACUGAUUGAACACGAACAGGUCUAUUAUUUAACCAUAUUUGAGGAUGUGGUGCCAGCUGUUUUGAUCAACAACCAAACCGACUGUCCCUUUUUAAUUGCACAAACGAAUGCUGGUGAAAAUAGUAAAGUAUCUUCGACCAUUUCUGAAUAUGAGGGCAAACAUUUGGAAUGGUAUCAUGUGAUACCCAAACAAAGUAAAUCCUUUUAUACACCUCCCGAGUGGUAUACCCACUUUCCUGAUGUUGAGACAACUUUGUGCAAUAUAACUUUGGCUUUAUUUAGUGAUUUAUCUACCAAAAAAUCCAUAAAAUGGUCAAAACCCAUACGCUUGGAUAAAACGUGGAAGAAAUUUUUGCACAUACCUGGCCAUGGUGAUGUUAAAGUUAUAAUCUGUGAUAAACAUCGUGUUAUUAGAUUAAAUAUUUUUUAUAUAUCACAGCAAAUGGAAUUCUCUGUUAAAGACUUGCGUUCACGUCUCUCUACCACCGAGCCCACAAAGAUUCUACCCAAAGAACAGCAAACUGUUGAUCAAACAUCUUCCUCAUUUCUACUUCCUGCAACGAACACUUAUCAAGAGACACCUCAACAAUUAAAUACCGAAGUUUGUCAACAUUUCCGUAAUGAUUGCGGUACCAUGCGACAGAAUCUUAAAGUACGAUUCUUUGUUAAAGAAAUAAAUUUAAGUCUACACACCGACAACAGUACACGUCAGUAUAUGAAACGUGAAGUGGUCUCUAUAUAUGCCGAUUACUUGCUGAUAGCCUACGAGGACAACGAAGAUGAACGCAUCAUGAAUAUUGUGAUACCUAAUUUACAAAUAGACAAUCAAUUAUUUUCCACAGGAAAAUAUGAUUUUCCAGUGAUAUUAUGUGCCGAAGAGCUGUAUGAGAAAAAUGACUGUGUUCCCGAACCCUAUUAUUUGGAGACUUAUUAUAGACUAUUGAAAGAAAGAAACAUAAUGAUUAAUAUAAAAUUAAAACUGUUUGAAGAUGAAUUCAAAAUGAAUUCUAUAAAUUGUAAAUUGAGUCCUGUGCGAGCGUACAUAGAGGAUGCCUAUAUAACGGAUUUCUUAGAUGCCUUGGUGGAGUGUGAAACCUCGAAUUGUGCAUAUAAGCCGAAAUUAGAGUACGAACGUAAAAUUUUGGUGGAGAAUCAAGUUAGCAUACCCAGAGAUGUAGAGACGCAGGCCAUCUACGCAGCAGAACCUUUACAGCUGAGAUCUUUUUGCAUAGAAUCGAUGAGAGUUUUGUUGUCGGUGCACACUUCUGUGCGACUGUACAUUGCUUUGGAUCAUUCACCUUUAUCGUUUUCUACCUAUGAGCGCUCACAUCUGUUGACUUUGCCUCUGAAGUUUGGCCAAUCUUUGGGCAUGCAUUAUUUGUCUGGUGCUAUAUUUGGGGCUGGCUGGGUGGUGGGUUCCUUGGAGAUAUUGGGCAGUCCUAGUGGUUUAGCACGUUCGGUUACUACUGGCUUGAAGGAUUUUGUAUCUCUACCCGUUCAGGGCCUAUUUCGGGGACCCUGGGGUUUCAUUGUGGGUGUUACCCAGGGUUCAGCUUCUUUGUUAAGGAACGUAACUGCUGGCACAGUGAAUUCUGUAACAAAAUUAGCAGCCUCGGUGGCUAGAAAUUUGGAUCGUUUGACUUUGGAUGAAGAGCAUAUCGAAAGAACAGAAGCUUUAAGACGCUCUCGACCACAAGGUUUCACCGAAGGCUUUUCACAGGGCAUGACUGGUUUGGGUAUAAGUAUGUUGGGAGCUGUAGGUGGCUUAGCUCAUCAUACCCUCGAGGCUCGUUCCACGGUCGAGGUAUUUACCGGCCUUAGCAAAGGUUUGGUGGGGGCAUUUACAAAACCCAUUAGUGGUGCUGCCGAAUUGUUGGCAUUAGCUGGUCAAGGCAUGUUACAAACUGUAGGCUUUAAUGCCAUGCCCAGACAACGCUGUCCCUCAACAAGCCGCAAUUUAGCUACCGAACCAUCGGGCUAUCGUAUAUGGAAGCUGUUGCCGGUGGAAUUGUCUUCCGAUCAAAUAUUAUUUUAUCAUGAAAUCACUUUGUCGGUGGAGGAUCAACUUAAGCGUGGCUAUGUUUUCCUAACAUCAGCAGUAUUUGCCAUUACGGAGGCCGAAUGGGAUAAAUUACAAUUUGCUUUUCCGGUGGAUAAGGUGGAGAUAACAGCUGAUAAUCUGGAUAAAACCUUGUACUAUGUACAUUUGAAGAAUGAAAGAGAGGACAUUGAGGAGGAUGUCAGCUAUACCAAUGAACGUAUUAUGAAUUUCCUGCACACCUCAUCCAUUAAAAUGACUUCAGAUUCGCUUUAUGAUUUAUUACAAACCGGUGGCUCUCUAACAUCUGGCGGUUAUAGGCGUCAACAGACCUUGGAUUGGUCCUUCUAUAUAAGUGAACAUUUGGGUGAACACAUAAUGCGUUAUUUCAAAAUACUAAAUUCAAAAAUGAUAAGAAAUUAAGUAAGUUUUUAUGUAUUUAUUUUUAAUAUAUUUUCCAUACACAUACAUAUUCCCAAAGAUUUAACUCUUAAAAUUUCCCCUACUUGUGUAUUUUGGUAUUAUUUUGUAGUUAAAAAAAAACGAUAAAUUUAAAAGAGAAAUCUUAAAAAAGACUGUAAACAGUAUAAUGUUGUAUGUAUAUAAAUAUAUUUAUAUACUAAAUUUUAAUAAGUUUUUGUUUUAGCGUACUACUUUACAUUUAAAUUAUAAUUUUUUGAUAUACAAUAA